AAAAAAGAAACCAAUGCGCAUGUUGUGCUAUGCUGCGCCGCCUUUGAGUACAGCAGCGUGUAAUUUUAAUUCAGAUAUACACACGUACAUACAUAAUUACGCAUCAUUUUCUACUGGGAAAGAUUUUCAGAGUUAUUCGGUCUCCUCGCGUUACUAAAGCUCCUCUCUUUUUUCUCUGUCUCUGUGGGGAAGAAAAGUAAGAAAGGAGAUAAUAUUUCUGGUGUGUGUUUCUUGGGCUCUGAUCUUUUCUUCCCCACAAAGUAAAAUUCGGUGAUUUCUGGAAAACAUGCCUCGUACUUCAUCAUCGAGAAAAGGGACCACAAACACGACUGCCUCCGGCAAUUCAUCGGAUCUUUACCGUGCAGCUUCUGGUAAAGCAGCUUCCAAAGAGCUGGAGAGAAUUGAUCAACUUUUCUAUUCAUAUGCUGACAAUUCCACUGCUAUGAUCGAUCCAGAAGGAAUUGAGUCCAUCUGCUCAGAUUUGAAUGUUGAUCACACCGAUGUCCGAUUGUUAAUGCUUGCUUGGAAAAUGCAAGCAGAGAGACAAGGUUACUUCACCCUGGAUGAGUGGCGAACUGGCCUUAAAGCACUUAGAGCUGAUACAAUACCGAAAUUAAAGAAGUCUCUCGUGGAUCUCGAGAAAGAGGUCCGAAGGCCAUCCAACUUUGUCGACUUCUACUCCUAUGCCUUCAGAUAUUGCUUGACUGAGGAGAAGCAGAAGAGCAUAGACAUUGAAAGUAUAUGCAUCCUUCUGGAUCUUGUUUUGGGCUCACAAUUUCGCAGUCAAGUUGAUUCCCUUAAUCAGUAUCUCAAGAUACAAAUUGAUUACAAAGUCAUCAACAAGGAUCAGUGGAUGGGGUUCUACCGGUUCUGCCAUGAGGUGAGUUUUCCAGAUCUCAGCAAUUACGACCCAGAUCUUGCUUGGCCGUUGAUUCUUGACAAUUUUGUUGACUGGCUGAGAUCUAAACGGGGCUAAAGUCCAGACGAGCCAUGUUUGUACUCGGUUGUGGAGAAUGAGGAUUUAUGCAAAUGCCUAUAAGAAUAGCAGUUUUUAAUCUUGAACAAGUUGUUAUGAAUCAAAAUGAAGUUUGAAUAAAAAGUUACAGAAAUCCGAAGCUAAAUAAGAUUUCAAUGUUUGUAU